AUGUCGCGAGUCCUGAGACAAAUCUUCGCUCAGGUCAUCCCCAACUUCAUGAUCCAGUUCGGGUGCCCCAACGCCAAGGACUCGAUGGAGAAAAAGCUGCGGCCGGGAUGGCCCCGGGAUCCUUUUAGCCCCUACGCGGGGACCGGCGGGCCGCCGGACGGCAGCUUCAAGAACCUGGUGACAGGCGAAGUCGAGAAGAGGUUCGGUGGUGGCAACAUCAAGGACGAGUUCAUCUCCCAGGAUAGCAACGUGAAGGGGACCUUGUCCAUGGCCAACACGGGGCAGCCCAAUUCCGGCGGCUCCCAGUUCUUCAUCAACGCGGCUUGA